GAAAAACAAGACAAGUCAUGAACGGUUUUUUUUAUAGUUCCAGUCCACGUGACCCCUCCGCAUCAUCUUCUUCUCUUCCGCGCUUGGACUCUUCCACAUCUCGAAGGUUCCGAGCCAACCGGUUACAUGGACCCUCAGGUACCGAGGUUUCCGAGAUGCCUCCUCGCCGAGCGCAUACAAAAUCUCGCCAAGGCUGCGACCAGUGCAAAAGACGUCGCGUCAAGUGUGACGAAACGGGGCCACCGUGCUCCAAUUGUAUCUCGCGGGAACUUUCAUGCACAUAUUUAAAAGCGCCGCCUCGGGCCGAUUCACGAGCAAGCCAACCCCCGGCCCCGUUGGCUAUUAUAGACCCAACUCCCCUGCGGCCGAGGAUACCUAGCCUAGCAGCUUCCGUUUCUUCAGCCAUUUCAGGGGUGCGAGACCUGGAGCUUAUGCAUAAGUUUUCCACCGAAACCUUUAAGAGUCUUUGCUCUUCCGAUUCGGAGUAUUAUGUCUGGCAAAUUGCCAUUCCUCGUCUAGCUCUUCAGUAUGAUUUUUUAAUGAAUGGCAUUUUGGCCCUGGGGGCUCUUCAUAUUGCCGCCUCAAUUGAGCCACCGGCAUCGCUGGUGUACAUUGACAUCGCCCUCCAAUAUCACAAUCUCACAUUUGCGCCAUAUCGCGCAGCUGUUGACAGUAUCAACCCACUGAACUGCGAGGCUGCGCUGGCGCAGUCCAUCAUCACCACCGUUAUAGGUAUUGCUCUACCAAGAGUCACUGCUGCCCGCGGGGAAAGUUCAAGCAUAACAGAGAAUAUUGUCGUCGUAUUUGAACUCUUGCAAGGCGUGACAAAAAUCCACCGGAUUGGUGCAUCUUGGAUCAAAUUAGAGCUCUUUUCCCGUCGAAGAAACUAUUGGGAUACUGGAUCAGUCAGUCUAGAUGGCGACACGCGGGCUGCACUGGAGCGACUCGAUACUUUGAAUGACGAGACCCUCGCCAGUAUUGACCCCGAUCAGCACCAGGUCAACAAAGAUGCUAUUGUCUACUUGCGGCACUUCUCAACCAGAGUUGCUAAUUCUGUUGACGCUGCCAACGUCCUGGCUUGGCUCGCUAUGAUCGACAAGGAAUUCGUGGACAAUGUGCGACGCCGACAGCCAUUAGCAUUGUUGAUCCUCAUGCACUGGGGUGUGCUGCUUGGGGAGCUUGAUGGUCAGCGUUGGUGGGCUCGAGACUCGGGCCGGGCAUUGGUCUCCGAAUUAUUAGAUGCACUGCAUCCCAGGGACAUGGAAUGGGCUAACGCUGUGGCUUGGCCCCGGAAAAAGAUGGGGCUCUGAUGUACUAUACCAUACCCGCUUCUUGGAAUUUGCAUAAGGAAAACAAAUAGGAAAGAAGUCAGCCCCAUAG